AUGAGCCACUCUGUCGGAAUCCGUCUAGUGACACACCUGGCACGACAUUUCCACGCGAACGCAGGCAAGAGCUAUCGCAAGUUGGGAUGUGCCCUGGCGCGUUCCACCACGGCCCAGUACGGUUCUGUGGUUUGGGAUUGUGAGGAAAAGCCGUUCAAUAGUGGACAGUGGUUGCAUGUUGGCGCCGCCACAGAAGCAUUUCUGUGCAAUGAGUACUCAGAACUUCCUGAAAACGACGCCCGAGUUGGUCAUUUCCCCCUGGUUGAUGGUGCUUCACGGUGCAAAAAGGGUGCCAAGGACGCUUUCGUGGCAAAGGAUCGCCAAAGAUUGCUAUUUGGGGGUCGGCCACCACUUCCGGGAAGACCUCCCACGGGCGCCGUGGCGUGGGUUGGGGUGCUCCACCGCGGCGGAGCUAGGCGCCAGGACCAGUUCGACGACUUCAUCCAGGUGUGGAUGUGUGGACGUCGUUCGUUGCAGAGAUGUGCGAUGCAGAUUCUAGAGUCAAGAGAUUUGACAGCCUCUCGGUACAGCUGGGUGAAACUGAGAGAGGCUGUCGUGAAGCAGGGCGAUCAGGGCUCCAGUGGCUAUGCGGGAGGCUCUGCCUAUCAACGAAUUUGUGUGAUGCUGAAGAAUGCCAUUGACUCUCCAGAGGGUCCGUGCACAGAACAGGAGUUGCUUUUGCGCUCCAUCAGGGACUCAGUGCAACAUUUGACCAUCGUGAAGAAGUCGGUGGACGAUGCCAGCAGGCUCUUGCAUGAAGCCAAGAUGGCUGAAACGGGAAUGCUCCAGUGGUCCUCAGACCUUCCCAGGACGAAGAACAUCAUGGACAAGUACUUCUCUGACCUGAAUGCCUUAAAAGAGAAGACUUCCUCCAAAUUGAAGGAUGACUUCCAGGUCGCCGGGCAGCGCUUCGAGCAGAUCUUGAACGAAACCACGCAGCUUCACAGGAUGGCAACGGACCAUGAAGUCAAGACAAGCCAGAUCCAGGGAGAGCUGGAGUUGAAAGACGAGGAGCUUCGAGAGCUGCAGGAGAAGCUCCGACGCAUGAAGCAAGGGACCGAUCGCAACAAGAGCGAAUACCAAGCCUGUAAGCAAGACUUGGAGGAUGAGCGUGAUACAGUGGUGACGCGGGUGAAAGCUGCUGAGCGGCUCUUCGAUGGGCAGACACAAGAGAUCGAAAGUCUCCACCAAGACUUGCGCAAUCUUCUAUUGGAAGAGGUGGCCAAGCAAAUGGAGGAGGAGGCCUUGAGAAAGUUCGAGAAGGUCAAAGCAGAUCGAGAAGAAGCCCAGGUCACCUACCAAAAUGCUCAAGAUCGGCUCAGGCUCACUGAAGACUUGUUGGAUGCCAUGAAUGCCGCAACCCUCAGCGGGAACAUCAUGGACGAGCUCUUACGAAAGAGGGACGAGAUCAAUCGACUUCGGAAUGCAGCCGACAAGGCGGAGGAGUUUAUGGCCGAUCAACGCCAGAAGCUUGUGGAGCUUCAGCAAUGGCUUCGUGACUUUGGGCAACCAGAGGUGGCCGAGGCCGCAGACACCUUCAUUACGGAUGCCACAGAGAUGCCGAAGGUGGCACUAAGCACACCCAUGCAGCUGGUCUUCAUCCUCGAGAGGCUCGUACCACGAUGGUGUCGUCGAGUGCAACGGCGAGAAGCACUGAGGAAGGAGGUGACUUCUUUCUGGUGCCCGAGCGAUGCCUAUGAGCAGCAGCUCCGCGAGCGGAGUGAGCGCUGGAAGCUCCUUCUUUCACGUGUUCCGGAGACGCAGCAGGAGGGAGAGGCGGCCUAUGGUAGCGGUUGGCGCUGGCGGCUUCUGCAGAGUUCUUCAGCCCCGGAGCUGAUGCCUUUAGACACCUCAGGGGCUUCGCCUGUCCGCAGCCCCUCCUUGAGAAGAAACUUAAAGAAGGAAGGCGGAGGACAAAGAGCAAGCCAGAGUCGAAGUGGCGCCUCUCCUCCUCGCGACGCACGGAGGAAGUCCGCUGUGAAAGGCCGCCAGUCACUGGAAGCUCCGACCGCACGAGGGCCGCUUCGGCUGGAAGCCCCUGAAGGACGGCCACCAUGGACUUGGGCGGCGGCACCGGGUGUGCGGUGGGAGGUCCAAAACGUCCCAUAUGACCGUUGGGAAAGUGCCUGGCGGAAAUUGUGGAUUGAUGCCAAGAAGAUCUUCGAGGCCGUUCCACCCGAUGCGCUGACGGAUGAGGGUGUCCCAGUGAUUGAGGGUGAACUUGGAAUCGCACACUUUUGGCAGGAUUGCCAUUUGCAUCUUCGACGCCUGUGGCUGAUCAUCUCAACCAACCUUCGAGGACUCGACCAGCUCAAGCGCUUGGAGAGCACCCUAAAGAAUGCCCAAAAGCUCUUGGGCGACCCACUCCGGGCGAAGCGCAAGAAGAUAGCUGGCGCGGAGGAGGACAAGGAGGAGCGUGAACUCCAGACUUUGUCCACCACUGCUCGCCAGUUGCUGGAGCAUGGCCGCGAGGUCUUCAAUGCGAAAGUGCAGCUUCAACAGGACCAGAUGUGGUUUUGCGCCUCCCUUCUAGCGCAGCUGCGCGGCUUGCGUGAGGCAUUGAUGAACCUCUUGGGGCGCUUGAAGACUCUCUCGGAAGAGCACGAGGAUUGUGUCUUUUCUGGCCGUCUUCUGGCCGAAGUCUCCAAGCUCAAAGACAUCCCUUUGGAGGUUCCUCCACUUCUUGAAGACCUGCAACGAUGGGGCAGGUCCUUGAAGUUGGACUUCCUUCGCCUCACCGCUGAGCACCAGAGCUUGGAAGAGGAGUGGCAAAGCUUGGUGGGCCAGCAGAGCGAUUCUUUCCUGACCAGUUUCUCCCGAACCACAGGGAAGAGCAAGAAGGACAAGGUGGUGUUCCAGGUGACGUUGGCUUUGGAGGAGGCAAUCACAGCUCUUUGUGCAGCCUAUCAUUGUCUCUUGGAGAAUCGUUGGAUACGAAAGCAGGUCACGGUUGGGAGGCUCUUGGACUGGAGAAGCCGCUUCGAGCUUCUCAAGGCGGGUGACUGGAGUCCCUUACAGGAGAGUGCCAAGUCGCCUUCCAAGGUUCGGAGGACCAAUACGGCUUCUUCCAUGUCACGCGUUCGCUCCCGGAACUUGGAAGGCGUGCUGGCUGAGCUGGAUCAAGAGGAGGCUCCCAGGAGGUCUCCGGAUCUGGAGGAAGUGAUUGCAGAACUCAUGGCUCAAAUGGUGCGGCAGCAGGACACGCCCCGGCGCAAAGGACCCUUCAGUAGAGAUCUGAUGAGCCCGAUGGUCAGCGAGAGCGAUUCUCCAGGACGCCCCACUUCGAGUCAGCUGUCAAACCCACGCCGGGCGGUGGUGGCGUCCAUGUCGCGGCACGAGUUCUUCUUGGAUGACGAGCUAGGACCUGAUGUUGCCUCGGAUCAUCCAGAAGAUGCUGGAGGAUGA